GUGAAAGACGUGCUAAUAGUUCUGUUACAAAAUGUUGCAAGCGUGGUGUUAUCGCAAGAAGUGGUCCGCAAUGUGCUAAUUGUAAAACUGUCAUACAUGCGGGAUGCGUCAAGUACAUAAAAAACCUAAAAGAUUGAUGAUAAAUCGGUUAUCUACACAAUCAAAACAAUGGAGGUCGAACAGAUCGACGAGGAUAGCGACAUCUCAUUUUGCAGUGUCAGAGAAAUGAUUGAUGUAGAUAUAAGUGAGAAAGACAAUAUAUUACUAAG